AUGCCAUUAGCUCAUCUUCGUCAACGACGUCAAGACGUACAACCCCUUUCCUCUUCCGAAUCUUCUUCACCAUCAAAUUCACCAGACCUACCAACUUCCUACUUCUACUACAACGACAACGACAACAGUAACAACAACAAAAUCCCUCUGUUCAACAAAUUCGUCGACGCUCCAGCUCACCCACCACUGGCACUGGACCUCAACUACUCGUUUUCUUCAUCCAACGACCCUUACUACAUCGACUCGAGACAGUCAACACCGUCAGACCGCUUCAACUUCGGUGUCGCGGAUACACAAUAUAUGCAGAACAGUUCGUCGCAAUACCCACAAGUCCGCGUUCCGCAGUCGGCGACCAACGGACUGCCUUCAGCGACCACUCCUCCGCCCAUGAUCGAGGAUUUCUCCCAGCAGUCGUGGAACAACACAUACCCAGACAACUCAUACCUGGCACCUUCUCCACAACAGCAAUACAAUCCUCCCGCGAGCUACAGGACCCAUAAAAGACUUCCGUCAGACUCAUCCGUUGCGUCCGUGGGACCGGAUUCUCCCUACACUCAAUCCGCAACAUAUCCCCGAAUAGUUGACCCAGACGUGCAAUCGAUACAUUCUGCGCACCUGGAAAGUUGGGAUCACUCGUAUCCGACCGUCAGCCAGUAUCCAAAGCCGGCUUACACGCCAUCUUCCAACAGCGAUCUAUUCUACAACCAGGCCUUUCAAUACUUCAAUCCAGUAUCCAACGAUGCCGUCGCGAUGAUGGCCACUCAGACAGCAAUGAGUCAAGCUAUGAAUCAGCAACGUGCAUCAAACAUGAAUGGAGCACAGAAUACAUCGCGGAGAACAUUCGCUGGAGGGGUUGAUUCGUCAACAGACAUGCGCAGCAACACGCCGCAGCUGGACAGAACCAUGUCAGAUGUGUAUCAAGAUGAGCUGUACAAUCCGGCAAUGGCGCAAUCAGCUCCGUCAUCGCAGCCUCGCCAGCAACAAGCACAAGGGAAUACUGUGUCACCGCACAGAAGUGCCUUUUCAGAUCUACUGCAAGUUGCGAAUACCGGCCACCUGACCGCGAGGUCAGCUUCACCAGCCGUCAACGUCUCUCGGCAGCGGUCGCCAUUUCGUGAGAGCUCACAGUUCGCGGUGGAUGGGGGCCAUUCAAAUCCGAGCAGUCCCGCUGGCGCCACUCGCUUAACCUCGGCCGCCCAAUUGAGACUGCAGCAAAAAGUGGAAGCAGAUGCUCACGCAUAUGCGCAACACCACCCACCAUCUCGCCAGGGGUAUCUGAACCCCCCAAAAACCAUUUCGCCAAAGGAGGCGCUUCUGGACUACGAUAAUACAGAAGAAGAUGUCAAGGUUCCCCUCGUUCCAUCAGUAAAACGCGAACCUCAGUUUUCUUCGCAAAACUCUAACAGAGGAUUACAUCGUGGUGACACCGACGAGAGUAGCAACAACGAACAAAACUACCCUUCAAUGGAACCAAGCAGACCCGAUAGCUCCUCAUCUUCUGCACCUCACCCGUCCGGUCCAGGCUUCAUGCCUCCAUCAGCGCCCCCAAUACCACAACAGUAUCCAUUUAUUUCGGAGUCACGCCGCCAGAGCAGUAGCAUGCGCGGCGGCUCAGACCAGGUGCCAGAGUUCCCAGCAUCCUUGACCUCAAUGGAGUCUACCAAGAGCGAGACUGGCCAGGCCGAAAAUGUCAGAAUUAUACCAGAAGCUGACCAAAGCCUCCGCUCACCACCAUCCUCACAAGAGGCACCCAUAUCCCGCCCGGCUAACACGGCCGCCUCUUCAGGCACCUACACAUGCACCACUCCGGACUGCCACGCGCGCUUCGAUACCGCCACAAAACUUCAAAAGCAUCGUCGCGAAGCCCACCGUGCUUCAUCCCAAUAUGCAUCUACACCGACGACUCCUACGUCUGCCACGCACAAUGCACAAGCUGCGGCCAACAAUGUCUCCCGCAACAACCAACCUGGGCCACACAAAUGCGAGAAGGUCAAUCCUCAAACCGGCAAGCCUUGCAACACAAACUUCAGCCGCAGCUACGAUCUUACGCGACACGAAGAAACGAUCCACAACAACCGCAAGCACAAGGUACGCUGCCAUUUGUGCACGGAAGAGAAGACGUUCAGUAGGAACGAUGCCUUGACAAGACACAUGCGCGUCGUGCACCCAGAUGUGGAAUUUCUAGGAAAGUCACGGAGAGGGCGAAAUGAGGGCGUGGAUGUUGUGAGGCAGAGGAUCGAGACAGGACGCGGAGGACGAUGA